GUCGUACACAUGACUCAACAUUUGGCCUGUAUCACAUUGGCCAGCAGGCAACAUCCGGUGUUAAACAAUUUGCUGAAACGGGUAAAAGUGAUAUACUGGAUACAUUACAAGGUGAACAGCAGCAGCAACAACUAAAAUCAACAUCAAAACAACAACAGCAGCAACAAAUCACAACAAACAAUCAAAACACAGCACGCAGCAAUGCAAGUAACAACAAAAACACCAACAGCAAUAAGAACCUGGGUGAACGCAGUGUCUUUGAUGAAUUCAAUUUGCCAGCCAUAACAACGGGUGCUGGUCGAUCAGAGGCAAAGUUUUUCGUCGAUAGCAAUCAUAGUUUAGUGUCAUUAAUGACACGCAUUGUGCCCUCACCCGAUUGGUUUAUAGGGGUCGAUUCAUUUCAGCUUUGUGUGGGUGGCUCUUGGAUAGACACUGUUACCGUGGAAAUGGAUCCUUUAGAUGCUGGUACGGAUAAUGGUUUUACAUUUACAGCACCAAACUGGCCCACCUCACCGCAAGGUGUUAUCUAUCGUAUAACAUCACGUUAUCCAGCUCAUCCAGCUGGUAGUUUCUUUUAUCCGAAAAGUAAACGUUUACCGCCAAUAGCAACAUUUCAAUUUAUCAAGCUCAAAGAGUACGAAUUGAGUGAAGUUUUUAACUUUGCCGAGGAUGAUCGUAAAUAUGAGACAGUACAGACACAAACCCAUUUAGAGAUGGAACACAAUCAUGUGGAAAUGAAUAAUGAAUUGUCGGCUAGUAUAGAGCGUGAGAGACAAAAUGAAAUAACACCACCACCAACUAGAGUUACCGAAAAAGAUCGUAUACGUUCGAAAUUGUUGGAGAAAAUGAAUCCCAUGGUGAAUUCUUCGGCGGUAAAUACUGGUGUCAUACCCAAAAAUGAUAAACAGGCUAUUAUGCAAAAUAUAGCCGAUAGUUAUAGACGUAAUGAAUUAUCAUCACAAACAACGUCAUCGCUACAGGCCGCAACAAAUCGUCGGCGUCGCACGAAACGUCCUCGCGAUUGUCGGGUCAGUCAUUGGUCCGAGUGGUCGGACUGCAGUAAAUCAUGUGGCAUUGGUGAAAUGCAUCGAUAUCGUAAAGUCAUUAAGCAUGGUAAACGUGGUGGCCGUCCAUGUCCGCCUUUAAAAGAAUCAAAAUGGUGUGGUUCCGAAAAGGGUUGCCAUAAACCAGAGACCUAUUUUAAUUGGUCUAAUACAUGAAUAUAUAAAAUCAACCAUAAAAACCUCUAAAAAAGGCGUAUUAUUUUUUAACCUUAAUAAAAUAAAAAAUUUAUCAAACCAUAAUAAUUCUGACAAAAAAUGUAUUAAUUUAAAUAAAAAAAAACCUUUAAAAUAAUUAAAAAAAUACAAACCAUCAACUUUACUGCAUAUAAAUAAAAUGGAAGAAAAAAGAAUAAAAUCAAUAAAAAAAGAAAAAUAUUUAUAGAACAGAAAAAACACACUAAGUUUUGUGAACAGUAAAUAAAAAAAAAAAAAUACAAUUUAAAUUUAAUUUUAUUUAACAAACAACAACAAAAAUUGCAAUUCAUAAGUUUUGUGCAAUAAAUUUUUUUUGUAAACAAUUUAUUGAUUUAUUUUCUUUUAAUUUCAAGUUUAUUUUUUUUUGUUUUACCAUUACACACUCCAACAAAAACAUGAAAAUAUAUUUAAAAAACAGACACUGUGGACAAUAUUUAAACAAACUUUAUAUUAAAACAACAAACAAAAUUGGAUGAAAUUUAAACAAAAACUAAAAUUGGCUAAAAAACCUAACAACCGAAUUGAUUUUAAAGCAGAUGAUGAAACAAAAAAAAUAAAAAAAAUGUGUUAAUGAAGCAGUUUUUAGAGAGAAACUGUUUAUGCAAACCCCUCAAAAAAAAAAAAAAAAUUAAAAAGUAAAAAUAUUUAUAAAUGAUAAAAAUAAUAAAUAAUUUAAAACUAAGUGUAAAAAAACUAAGCUACAGUUAAGAGAGAUAAAUUAAAUCAAAUAUUUUCAUAAAAAUAAAAAAAAUAUCUAUAAAAAAAUUGAAAAAAAUAACGAUAAGAAAUUGUAUAUUUAAUUAAGUGCAGAAAAUAAUUAUAUUACAAAACUAUUUAUUUAGAAUUAUAAAAAGAAACCAAUAAAAUUAAUAAAAAAAAAAUAUAAAACAAAAUAUAUUUUUUUUCAAUUCUUUUAAAUUAAAAUUUUAUUUUAAGAACUGUAAAGCAAUGAGCAGCAAUUACAACUGCAGGAUGUGGACAACAUUUCAAUUUAAAUCAGGAUUUAGCAAAGAGAGAGGCAAGGAAGCUCUCUGACUAGAUUAUAUGCAUUUUAUGCAUGUGUCAGUUUACGUACGUGGGAAAGAGAGAGCUUUUUGCUUAUUUCUGUUUUAAACACAAUUCUAAUUUUUGUUCUUUUUUUUGGUCGUCUUUUGACGCUGACGUAAAAAUUCUAUUGACAGGAUCUAAACAAAGAGAGAGUUCAUUCCAUAAUAUAAUCAGAGUGAACAUUUUUAUAAAAAUUUGAAAAUCCUAAAAAAUUAUACAAUAUUGUUGUUUUAAGUUUUCUUAAGGAACUUAAAAUUUUUAUAUUUUCUUAUUACAUAAUCUUCAUUUCGAAAAUCUUACAAAAAUCAAACAAGGUAAAACGUAUUUUAAGUGAAUAAAUAAAAAAAAACAUAUAAAAAGUUAUUAUUUUAUACAUAUAUUAAAAAAAAUUAAAUCCAAAGAUUAUUAUACAUAGAACUUAAGUAAUUUAAGCCUUGGAUAAAAGCACUAUAAGCUAAAAACCUCCCCAAAUCCCAAGACCCCU